UUUUCCUACUUCUAACUUUCAAAAUGGCCGAUCCUCGUGCUAAAGUUCCUUGCGAUGUUUGCGGGUUGAAAGUUCCAAAUGGCAGAAUGGAAGGUCAUCUUUUUGAGUGUCAGGCAAUGCAUCCUUUCCCGUGUGGACUUUGUACACGAAGGUUCUCUUCACAACAGGGUGUAGCAAAUCAUCAAAGUUCAUCGCAUUCUGCUGAAGAGCGUGGCACAAGAUUUCGUUGCACACAUGCUGAUUGUGACUUUGGUACUAACUUUAACAAGAACUUAGAAGCACAUUUGCUUAAACAUCAAACUGGAUUUCGACGUUCACGGUCUCGUUCACGUUCUCGAUCGCGUCAACCUGGGGGUAAUCCGUAUACUGUGCCACGACCGAAUCAGCCGCCUCCGUUACAACCUCAAGAGGGUCAACAACAAGGUGAAGAGGAAUGUGUUGGUAGAUCUGCAGACAGAAAUGUUCGUCGAAACGUUGAUCGCUCUCAAAUGCCUGUUUUGCAGAAAAUGGAAAAGAUUCAGCAGCAACCUGUGUUUCGUCGUUCGCAGUCUCGUUCACGUUCUCGCGCUAAACGAUCUAAAGCUUCAAAGCCGAACCGACCAGCUCAAAUGCCUCGAGAGGACCAGCAACAAGAUGAAGAAGAAAUUGAGGUGGAGUAUCCUCCACAAACGGUUGGUAGUGCUGGACGUUCAAAAAGAAAUCCUCAAAUUAAUCGAUCUAACGAGCCUGAAGUACAUCAAGUUGAACAGACUACAACUAGUACUGCAUCUAUGGAAGAAAAUAUUCAGUGUUCCAUUCAAGAGCCCGAAAUUCAACCGGUUGAACAGGAGGCAAUAGUUACGAUUGAUGAUGAUGAAGAAAUUGGACCUCUUCCAGGAUUUACAAAUCUUCAACUUGUCGAUCCAGUAAAAGCCCGUCAAAUUAUGGCUGCAGAAAGUAAAUCGUUGGAUGAUCUUGUUAGAAAUCUGCGCGAAAAUAAUAAUAUUUUACAUCGAUUUUGUUUGGAGCGAGGUUUGGAUUAUGGAACUCAAAAUACUGCAAAUGCGAUUGAAGUUUACUUUAAAAACUUUACUGUCCAUGAUGAAUUUGCCGAUGAUGAUUAG